CUCGGCGUUUGGCCCCGCCCACCUCGGGCGGGGGCUGGUGGGAGGGCGGCUCCCAGGCGGCGGCGGCGGCCGCGGCUCCUCAGGCUUGUGAAGAAGCUGUCCAUGCUCACGCCGGGUGAGAGAAGCCGAGAUGGCAGAGCCCUACGUGAGGAAGCUGUCCACCAUCCUGCUGGAUGCCGUCACCGACAAGGACCCUCUGGUGCAGGAGCAGGUGUGUGGCGCCCUGUGUGCCCUGGGAGAUGCACAGCCAGCAGAGGCACUCAGAGCCUGUGAGGAGUACCUGUGGCAGCAUGAGAAGUUGGCACAUCCUUACCGGACGAUGAUCCUGAGGGCCAUGGAGACAGUUGUAAGCGGUCACAUCAGCGAGCUGGACAAAGACGUGGCCAGGGCCGUCAUCUUCCUGGCCUCCAGUGAGAUGACCCGGGCGAAGGAAUUGGUUUGCGACUGGCAGCAGGCCGCCAGCAAUGUCCUGGUGGCUGUUGGGAAGCGGUUCAUCGGCAAGGUGAUGGAGGAAGUGCUGAGCAAGUUCCAGCCCGGCGCCCUACCCCACUACUAUGUCGUGCAGACCCUCGCCAACCUCGCGGCUUCCAAUGUGUUCGGCAUGGUUCCCUUCCUGACGUCCAUCCUGAGCACCAUGCUGCCCAUGCUGGGCAUGGCCAAGCACGAUACGAUGAGGGUAGCCUUCUGCUGUGCUCUGCAGCGCUUCAGCGAGAGCACCCUGGAGUAUCUGGCCAACCUGGACCAAGCCCCAGACCCCACAGUCAGGAAGGACACCUUCGCCUCUGACAUCUUCAGUGCGUACGAUGUCCUCUUUAACCACUGGAUGCAGAGCCGCGAAGCCAAGCUCCGGCUCGCUGUGGUGGAGGCCCUGGGGCCCAUGAGCCACCUGCUCCCAAGCGAGAAGCUGGAGGAGCAGCUCCCCAAGCUCCUGCCCGGAGUCGUGGCCCUCUACAGGAAGCAUGCUGAGGCCUUCCACGUGUCCAAGAGCCUGGGUCAGAUCCUUGAGGCUGCGGUGGGUGUGGGCAGCCGCACGCUGGAGGCCCAGCUGGACUUGCUCCUGGCUGCUCUGCAUGCUCAGAUCUGCGUGCCUGUGGAGUCGUCCAGCCCCCUGGUGGUGAGCAACCAAAAGGAGGUGCUGCGCUGCUUCACUGUGCUGGCUUGCUGUGCACCUGACCGCCUGCUGGCCUUCCUCCUGCCCAAGCUAGACGCCAGCAAUGAGAGGACCCGCGUGGGCACCCUGCAGGUCCUGAGGCACGUCAUCAAUUCGGCUGCGCCUCAGAUGGAAGUUAAGAAGCCCUUUAUUCUGUCCUCCAUGAGGCUUCCUCUUCUGGAUACCAACACCAAGGUGAAGCGGGCUGUGGUGCAGGUGAUCAGCGCCAUGGCCCACCACGGCUACUUGGAGCAGCCUGGAGGAGAGGCGAUGGUCGAGUACAUUGUGCAGCAGUGUGCCCUGCCCCCGGAGUCGGAGCCUCGGAAGCUGGCGCCUGACAGCGAGGACCUCCCAGAGGACGGCGUACGAGCCAUCAGCAUCAGCACCCUCUACCUGGUCAGCACCACCGUGGAUAGGAUGAGCGACGUCCUCUGGCCGUACCUGCUUGAGUUCCUCACGCCCACGCGCUUCACCGGGGCGCUGACCCCCCUCUGCCGGAGCCUCGUGCACCUGGCCCAGAAGAAGCAGGAGGUGGGAGCUGAUGCCUUCCUCAUCCAGUACGACGGCAACGUGAGCCUCCCUUCACCCUAUGCCAUAACCACAAGACUGCUGACCGUGUCUUCCCACCCCUACCUGGGGGACGGCCGUGGGGCCGCCUCACUGCGCCUCUUGAACGUCUUGCAUCGGAACAUCCACCCUUUGCUGGGUCAGCGGUGGGCGACCACCAUUCCCCUGCUGCUGGAGCACCUGGACGAACAUACUGAAGAAACCCUGUCACAGAAGGAGUGGGAGGAAAAGCUGCUGGCGUUCCUUCGCGACACUCUGACUGUUGUGUCUGACAACACGUGGACUUGCCAGCUGAGCCUAGAGAUGUCCAAACAGCUGCCCUGCUACAACGGGAUAGCCCAGGAGAAGAACUUCCUGUAUAAAUGCAUUGGAACUACGCUGGGCGCCGCCUCCAGCAAGGAGGUGGUGAGGAAGCAGCUGCAGGAGCUGCUGGAGACAGCCAGGCACCAGGAGGAGGCCGAGCGUGAGGGCCUCGCCUGUUGCUUUGGGAUCUGUGCCAUCUCUCACCUGGACGACGUCCUGGCCCAGCUGGAGGACUUCAUGAGGUCGGACGUGUUCAGAAAAUCCACUGGCAUUUUCAACAUUUUUAAGGACCGAAACGAGAAUGAGGUGGAAAAGCUGAAGGGCACGCUGAUCCUGUGUUACGGCCACGUGGCGGCACGGGCCCCCCGGGAGCUGGUGCUGGCCAAGGUCGAGUCGGACAUCCUCCGGAACAUAUUCCAGUACUUUAGCACCAAGGUUCUGGGAAUAAAGGUAGAGACGAAGGAUCCGGCUCUGAAGCUGUGUCUUGUCCAGAGCGUGUGCAUGGCCAGCCAGGCCAUCUGCAGCAGCGCACAGGCCAACUCCUUCCACUUCUCCCGGAAAGCGGAGCUGGUGGCACAGAUGAUGGAGUUCAUCAAGGCGGAGCCCCCAGACUCCCUGAGAACACCCAUUCGGAAGAAGGCCAUGCUCGCCUGCACUUACAUGGCCUCCCUGGAGCCAGCGCUGGAAGAGCACGUGCAGGCGGACCUGAUUCACAGCUGUCUGCACAGCGUCCUGCCCGUGCUGCCUGAGCCUGAGGGAGAGGAUGACCACCAGGAGUCCCUGUACCUGGACACCAUGCGUGCCCUUGAGGGUUUGCUGACGGGCCUCCUUCGGCGGAACAUGACCCCCCAGGGCCUGCAGAUCAUGGUGGAGCAUCUGAGCCCAUGGAUCAAGUCCCCACGGGGCCAUGAGAGGGUGCGGGCGCUCAGCCUAAGUGCCUGCCUGCUGCGGUACUUCCUGGAGCACCUGCACGUCAGCGCCCUGGUGCCCUUCCACAACCUCGGCCUCCUCAUAGGCCUCUUCUCCCCGCGGUGCGCGGACCUGUGGCCUGCCACGCGGCAGGAGGCUGUGAGCUGCGUCUACGCCCUGCUGUACCUCCAGCUGGGCUACGAGGGCUUCUCCCGUGACUACCGCGAUGAUGUGGCUGAGCGGCUUCUCACCCUCAAGGAAGGCCUCGUGCACCCCGACUCUGCCAUCCUCUUUCACACCUGCAACAGCAUAGCCCAGAUUAUUGCGAAGCGCCUCCCCCCGGAGCAGCUCAUCAGCCUCUUGCUGACCAUGUUUGAGGGCCUGGGAGACCCCGACAGGAACUGUUCUCGAGCCGCCACGGUCAUGGUCAACUGCCUGCUGAAGGAGCGCGGCAACAUGCUCCAGGAGAAGGUGCCUGAGAUCGUGAGCGUGCUUCGCUCCAAGCUGCAGGAGACGCGAGAGGAGUACAUCCUGCAGGCCGCCCAGCACAGCGUGCACCUCCUGGCGUCCCAGCACUGCGCCGCGGUGGUCACCAGCCUCCUGGGAAGCCCCCUGCCCUUUGACAGCCACACCUGCACCCUGUGGCGGGCGCUGGCCGUGGAGCCCAGCCUCACUACCCAGGUCCUGGGGCUGCUCCUGGAGAAGCUGAGCAAGGACGUCCCGUUCAAGGAGACCCGGGCCUUCCUUCUGAGCAGCUCUCCGGGCCGCGUGGCCACACUGCUGCCCCUUGCGGCCACGUGCGCACUGUGCGAGGUCAUGAGCGCGCCGGCGUCUGGGCCCGCGGUGCUCGAGCUCUACCCGCAGCUGUUCGCGGCGCUCCUGCUGCGCAUCAGCUGCACCGUGGGUGUCGCGCUGCCCCGGAACCUGCAGGCCAAGGAGAGGAAGGGUGUGGGCUCUGCUGUGGCCCCGAGGAGCCUGGAGCCCUGCAGCUCCGCAGCCGAUGCUUUGCAGGCCAUGCUGCUUCGGGGAGGCAAUGAGGACGUGGUGCAGCGCAUGGAGCUGGAGGGAGGCUGGCAGCUGCUCAGGACGUCGGCGGGGCAUGAGGAGGGGGUCACCCGGCUGGCCAGCGCCAUGGCCAAGUUUGCCGGCCCCCGGCUGCCCCUGGUGAUGAAGGCGCUGGUGUGCACACAGAGCAGCGUGUACGAAAUCCAGCGGGUGACCUCCACGAGCUUCCUGGCCGAGCUGCUCAACAGCAACGUGGUCAACGACCUCAUGCUCCUGGAGUCACUGCUGGACAACCUGGCGGCCCGGCAGAAGGACACCUGUGCCAGCGUGCGGCGGCUGGUGCUGCGAGGCCUGGCCAACGUGGCCUCUGGCUCCCCAGAUAAGGUGCGGGCACACGGCCCCCAGCUCCUGACGGCCGUCAUUGGCGGCCUGGACGACAGGGAUGACCCUCACAGCCUGGUGGCCCUGGAGGCCAUGGUGGGCCUGGCGAGGCUGCUGGACCUGGUAGAGCCCCAGGACCUGCACCCAGUGCUGCUGCACGUCGCCAUCCGGAUCCGACCCUUCUUCGACAGUGAGAAGAUGGAGCUCCGCUCUGCGUCCAUCCACCUCUUCGGGCAUCUCAACAAGGCCUGCCAGGGGCGCUGUGAGGACGUGUUCCUGGAGCAGGUGGUAGGGGGGCUGGUGCCCCUGCUGCUGCACCUGCGGGACCCCCAAGGCCCCGUGACCAGCGUGAGUGGGCCGCCGGGAAGGGCGGGCCGGCCUGGCUCUGGGGUGGGGGCUCAGCGUGCUGUCCCGCAGGCCUGCAGGUUUGCGCUGCGCAUGUGCGGCCCCAACCUGCAGUGUGACGAGCUGGCGGCCGCCCUCCAGAAGCACCUGCAGGAGGGGCGGGGCCUGCACUUCGGGGAGUUCCUCAACACCACCUGCAAGCUCCUGAUGCACCACUUCCCCGAGCUGCUGGGCCGCCUGGUGAGCACCGGCCUCUUCUACUUCAAGAGCAGCUGGGAGGACAUCCGCGCUGCUGCCCCCAUGCUCACGGGGUUCCUGGUGCUGCACGUCGAGCCGGAGCUGCGGCCACAGGUGGACCUGGAGCAGCUGACUGCAGCGCUCCAGCUCCUCCUCAAGGACCCGGCCCCCCUGGUGCGCAUGAAGGCUGCAGAGACUCUGGGCCGCCUGGUGAAGUUCGCCUGAGGCCCCCCCGCAGCGCCACCCAUCACCCCUGCGAGCAGUCACCACGGGUCUGGGCCGAACCCCCCCCCCCCCCCAGCCCCACGGCACUCCCUGCCCUAGGAGCAAGGGGCUGAACACCUGCCCUUCUGGAGGGGGCCGCCGGAGGCCAAGCGCGGGCCAGGGAGCAAGUGGUUGUACCCCCCCUUCCCAAUAAAGCCACUGGCUCCUCAGGCGGCG